UAAACCUGUUAUUACUGACGCAUAUAGCCCACACACUAGUACUACUAACAGCAAACAUAGACGAUGUGAAAAAAAUGGCAAGAAAAUUCGUAUCAGAAUCUAUAUCGGACAAAAUAGCAGAUUUCAUAGCAAGAGCUACUGAGAAAAUGAUGCGUACUUUAGAAGCACAAGACAAUAACCAACCAAUACUACAAGACAUAUCUGACCACGUUUCAGAAGAAAAUGAUAAAUAUAACAUAGAAAAACGCGGCUUAGACAUAGAAGAAACCAGAAUGCAAGAUAAAAUAAAAUCCGCAGAAGACAUAUUAGGUAAAGAAAAAGAAAAAUCAAGUUCUAUUGAAACGAACAGAGACACAGAAAAAACAAAAGAUGAACCGCUAAGUAUAGGAAAUCCGUAUGAAGUUCAGAGUAGAUAUAUAGCGGACACACAAACAGAUACAGCGACUAAUAGAGAAUUAGAAGAAGUCGACGAUAAAAAGACAAAUGGAGAAGAAAGAGAAAGAUACGAUGAUAAAAUUCAAUAUACAUUCCAUACUCUAGGUACGACUGAAUGUACAAAAUCAAAUAAGAAACCUAAACAAGAUAGUAACAUGGUUAUAUCACAUGUAGCUUCUAUAGAGGAUAAUACAGUGGCAGAAGAUUUAAGACAUAAGACAACGCCAGAUGAAUUUCCAGAGAACGAGACGUUUCAAAAAAGGGCUUUUGAAAUUGAUAUGACUACGAGUAAAAAUGGAGAGGAAGAAUUUGACCAGUAUGAUAAUAAGAGAGUGAGUUUGAUCGCGACGAGUGGACCGAUGUCUCUGCUUAUACCUAGAAGAAGUAAUAAGCAGGAGAAUUGGUGGGAGAAAGAGUUACCGAAGCCGGAUACGCCGCGAAUUAGAAAGAGAUAGCAGUUACUUUUUAUUUUGUAAUAAAUUAGUUGUUUUUUUUUU